AUGGCAGAUACUUAUCUCACUCCAUCUGAUGAGCACUGUUUUGCUGAAUCAGUGCAGUACUAUGAUAUUUUUCCAGAACAAAUCAAUUAUCAGUUGCAUGACUCUGAUGUUCAAGAAUCACCUUAUUGCCAGUAUUCUACUGCUCAGUUUCCUCCGGCUUUACAGUCCCAAUUUUUACAAGGUCAUUUCAACACUUAUAGCAUGGAGGCACAUUACAGUGGUGGACAGUAUGGACUUGGUUCUUGUGAAUUAAAUCAGCCUACUUAUGUGGUUGCCCUCCAUGCUGAAGAUGGAUACCCUGGAAUAAAAAGUUUCAGACCAAUUUAUUCUUCUAUGUGAAUUAAGGGACAGGAAGAAUUCUGUGUAGUUUGCAAUGAUAAAGCAUCAGGAUAUCAUUACAAUGCACUUACUUGUGAGGGUUGUAAAGGUUUUUUUCGACGUAGCAUCACCAAAAAUGCAGUAUAUAGUUGCAAGAAUGGUGGUCACUGUGAAAUGGACAUGUACAUGCGUAGAAAAUGUCAAGAAUGCAGACUGAAAAAGUGUAAAGCUGUAGGAAUGUUGGCAGAAUGUUUGCUCACAGAAAUCCAAUGUAAAUCAAAGAGACUUCGAAAGAACUUUAAGCAGAAGAAUAGUUUUUACUACUCUAACAUCAAAGUGGAAGAGGAAGGAGUAGACAGCAAGCAUGUGUCAUCAACAACUAGAUCUGGAAAAGUGAUUCAGGAAAGCAUAGAACUAACACAAGAGGAACAUCAGCUCAUUAAUAAUAUUGUGGCUGCUCAUAAAAAAUAUACAAUUUCUUCAGAGAAAGCAAAUAAGUUUCUUCAAGAAUGUGCAAAUCCCCAAAUGAGCUUUUCACAACUCUCAGAGGCAGCAGUGCUAUGGGUAUGGAGAAUAAUGGAUUUUACCAAGGGACUACCAGGAUUUGAAAGUUUGACCAAUGAGGAUCAGACUGCAUUACAGAAGGGAUCAAAAACUGAAGUGAUGUUCCUUUAUGUGGCCCAACUUUCAUCAGUCUCUCAAAGUGCUAUGAGAUUAUCAAAUUAUUCAGAUCAUGCACUGAAUUGUCACAGUCAGAGUGAUGCCAGCCGUGUUAUUUGCUCGAUAGAAACAUUUUGCAGUGAAGACAGUACUUCUACAACUCUAACUGGUAUUACUAAAGAAUUUAUUACUGUCUUGUUUUACUUCUAUAGAAGAAUGAAUGAACUUAAUAUUAGUAAUACUGAAUAUGCUCUGCUUGCAGCCACAACUGUUUUUUCCUCAGGUAAAGAGAAGUUAUAA